AUGAAUGAUAUUUAUAAUACUUCGAUUGCUUCAGCACAAACAAUUUCUAAAUUUUUGGAAAAAAUCAAUCUUCCCGCUGUAGAUUUAAGUUUUGAUAAGCAAAAUGAAUGUCACCUCGUAAAACUUGAUCCCUGGGAUCCUCAAAUAAUUCCACAUUUAUAUCCUAAUUGGAAUCCAUUGCAAAUGUGUCGCAUCAAUCGUCAUAUGCAUACCGAACUCAAAAAUGGCACAGUUCGAAUGCUUAAUGAUAUAAAUUCGGAAUGUCAAUAUCGAUGUCUUUAUGUAAGUAGCGAAUUGGAUUUGAAACCGAGUAAUUGGAUUAAAAUGAAAAAAAAUGCAACAUAUCAGGAAAGUUGUGAAUUUAUCGAAACGCAUUGCACAAAAAAUGGGACAACAACUUUUCAGUACAUUCAUGAUCAGUUGAUGAGACAAAAUGAUAAGGUAUUCCAAGAGGAGGAUGAAUUGCAUCCAGGUGUAUUCAUGCUUGUGCUUGAUUCUACCUCAUCCUCUUCCGGAAUUCGUACAGUCAUGGAAACUAAUCAAGUUCUGCGUCAAUUUUACGAUGCGACAACAUUUUAUUAUCAUAACAAAGUUGGCCUUAACAGUCGACCAAAUGCUUUUGCUAUAUUUUCAGGAACUCGUAUAUCUCAGUUGGAUGAGCGCCACUUUCCCGAUAAAAGUGAUUCCGAGUAUUUAAAUUCGUGUAAAGAUGGUGUGAAAAAAAAUGAAACUGUAACUUAUGAUUUCAUCAAUCAAAGUUAUGCAUCAAUAGUAGCGGAAGAUUGGAUUGGUGCAUUUAAUUGGCCAAAUUGUAAAGGUUAUGACUAUCCGCCAACCGAUCAUUUUUGCAAUGCUAUGAUAUUGCGAUCUACCGUAAAGCAACCGAAGAAAGAAGAGAAAGAUUUCGAGAAAUAUUUUUAUAAGGCAGAAUGCCAAGAACCUUAUCACAAGGUAAUGAAUUAUGCUAGCAAAUUCCUAGACGAAUAUAAUGGAAUCUCAAAAUUUGUUGUGAUAUGGCUAUCAUUGAUGACACAUGAUUCGGCUAGCGGAUUAUAUCGUACUGAUAAGUAUUUUGCCAAUUUUUUUCGUAAGCAUGUCAACAACUUGAAUAACUCAUUCGUAUUUCUAAUGGGUGAUCACGGAUUACGAUUUGGUGAUAUUCGAUCAACUCGUCCUGGUCAGAUGGAAGAUAAUAAUCCAUUGUUUAUGGUAGCAUUACCAAAAUAUUUACGUUCAAAUGAACAGCUUAUUUUAAAUUUAAAGCAAAAUUCUCGAAGGCAUACAUCUCAGUUUGACUUCUAUGCAACAUUAUAUGAUAUAGCUCGGUAUGCAAGGAAAGAUAAUUUCCAGAAAUGGGAUGAACACGAUUUCAGAAAUGAAUUUGGUGACAUAAGAGGUGGCAUUCGUGCAAAGAGCAUUCUAAGGCCUAUUUUAUAUGACAGGACAUGUGAAGAAAUGGAAAUUCCGGAUGAAUACUGUAUUUGUGAACAAAUUUGGCAUAAGAUUGAUAUACACAGUGAUAAUGUGACAAAUGCCGCUCAGUUUCUCAUUAAUGAUAUCAACGAUUUCUUAAAACAGAAAAAUCUGACCGAAAUCUGCGAAACGCUUGAUUUCAUAGAAGUAAUUUCGGCAAAUCAACUUGAAAAUAAACCAGUUUUAAAGAUAGUCGUAAGUGCUUCACCGAGUUAUGGAAAAUAUGAAGCGCAAUUGUUAAAGGAGAAAGAUAACUUUAUAAUAAUCACAAAAAUAACUCGAUUGGAUAAGUACGGUGAACAAGGAUACUGUGCACCUGCUGAAGACGUUCGACCUUUGUGUUACUGUCGCCAACAGUUGACAACAUCUACGACACGCUGA